GUAUGUGUGUACAUCUGGCAGCAUCUGGAACAGAAAUGUCAAAUUGCGUUUUGUUUUUAUUUGGCCGUCAAUUUUUCACAAAUUGUUUGCAAAUUAAGCAAAUCAAAUGUUUCUUUAAAGUCAUGGAAGUUGAAGAGCUGUGUUGAAAUUGUUUUGAAAUUGAAAGAAAAACCGGAGUCCACAAUUUGCAAUUAAAACUAUUUAUGACAUAUUCCUAAAUAUCUGAAAUAAAGAAUAAUGGGGCAAGUCCAAUCUAUCAACGACAGCACUAUUCCAGAUACCGUGGAUGUAGUACAUAUGCAGAUGGUGCGCCAUGCCAAAGUACUUUCCGAGAUUAAUUCUCUAAGCUAUGAUGAAUUUAAAGCUUGUUUGGAUAACUUAAAUGAAUUAUCUCGCAAGUGCAUUGAUCCUAAUGGUAAGCAACUGGUAUUCCUCAUCAAACGUGGCACAGACACAUCUUUAUUAUGGAAGGCGAUGGUAAAAAUCGCUUGCAUUAAAGUUGAUCCUUCUACGCGGAAAAUCGAUAGUUAUAAAUUUCUUAACCUCAAGCAAUUCCUGUGCGUAUUUAGGACUUUUCAGUCGCAUUUAGAAAGUUUGGUAUCGAGUGAAAAUCAAUUGGACUCACGCCGUAGUUCACUUUCUCAAACUCCGAUACACGAUGAAAUUGCUGGUGCAACAUCCACCGUUAACAACCCUAUAACAGCUUCAAUCAUUAUGGAGCGGGUAAAUUCCCUUGUAUAUAAUGGUGGAAAUUCAAGCAGCGAGACUUCCAGUGGCUUGCACAGUCCUACAUCAUGUUCUCACUCCGAACAUGUUGAUGAGUGCUCAAUAUGUUUGGAUCGACUUACGGAGGUUAUACUACCAUGCAUGCAUAGCUUUUGCACGCCGUGCAUUGAACAAUGGAAUGUCAAUAAUAAAACAUGCCCUAUAUGCAGCGAGGUACUUGAUAGUACAGAUGAAACUUGGGUUAUGCCAAAUAUUCCUGGCGUUGAAGAAAUUAAUGAAAAAAUUUGUGCUGAAUUCAUGAGUUUGACAAAAGAUUAAAAAAGCUAAUUUUUAAACCUUAAAACAAUUAGUUGCCAGUAUAUAUGUAUGUAUAUGAAUAUUAGAUCUAAGCAAAUUUGAAAAGUUAUAGGAAUGAUAUUACUAGUUCAUCAAUUAUUAAAGCAAGAUAUUCUUAGUUUAAUAUUAUCUAUUUCAAUAUCAAAAACAAGAUGUUAUGAUUUUAUAGGGUAAUCUAAAUUAUUGGCAUUAAAUUCAUAUCUAUUAUCCUCCUCGUAUAUUAUAUAAUUAAGCUCGUGAUUAUUUGUUUUUAUGUAAUAUUAAUUACAUAACUUUUUACAUACAUACACAUAUUCAUCAACCCUAUCUGAAACAUUCCAAUUCAUUUAUCACAUAAUUGCUUAUUUUUAAUGCCAAGUAUUAAAUUAAUUAUUUAUUUAAUGCUUGUUGAUGAUUUUAUAUGUGUAAGUAUUACAUAAAUAUGUUAUUUACAUUGGUAUCGAAAAUUUGUUUAUUCCUUAAAAUAAUUAAUGGUUGGUACAAUAAGUAAAUUGCUGCGAGACAAAUAUUGAUAUCUAAAACUAAAACUAUACAUUACACGCAAAUAAAAUUACAUACGUUUUAAAUUUGUAAG